CUUGUAGAGUUGCUUCUGGUUAUGAAAGGUCAGGAGGAUUCUGACCUUUCAGUCACCAUCAGCCGGCGCAAGUUCGGCUCGCGCGUCCGUCGCGCUGGCCAACAAGUCGCUGACUACGCUGCUGUUCUCCGCCAAAAUGCCAACGACUGCUGUUUUGGAGAUACCCUCGGGGACAGGCUGCUGGAACAGCUCAUCUUCGGAAUAGCAGAUGAUCAAAUGCAAAGAAGACUGUUGUCUGAGAAGAAUCUAAGUUUCAGCAGCGCCGUUGCCAUUUGCCGCACUAUGGAAGCGUCCAACUCAGAUGAUGAAGUGACGACCAGUGAUCAUACAUCCGAGAUCACAACUCGGCCAAACUCGGAGAGCACCAACUGGACGUGCAAUGAGGGCGAGAUGGGGCUGGAGGGCCUGUCGGCCGAGCUGGACGCCUCGAGGAAGGCGUGUGCCAACUACAGUAGCGAGUUGCUCCGAGUGAAGGCUGCAUAUGAGGAGUCUCAGCGGCAGCUCGCCUCUAUCCGCCGCGAGAACAACGUCCUGUCCGGCAAGAACGAGGACAUCACGGACCAGAUCGGGGAGGACGUCGGCAACCCAGGUCCCAACCGAACGCUCCAGCAGACCUUCUCGGCCAUGGAAUGGCUGCUGGAGGAGGCCAAGAACUGCGUCGAGGCCGAGCGCUUCAAGAGAUUAGAGCAGGACAUCAACGAGCUGGAGACCGCUCUCAACACGGCCAACGCGUCGAUUGCCGGAGAACAGGAGGCGGUGCGGCGCUACCAGGCCGAGAUCGGCGAAACAACGGCGCUCCUGAAGGAGGAGGUCCGGGUGAAGACCGAGCUCCAGGCGCAGUUGGACGCCUCAGAACGAGCCAGGGACGCUCUUGGCGUCCAGCUAGAGGAGAGCAGAGCUCUGCUGGAGCGGGCCGAAAGCAGCCGGCACCAGGCGGAGCUGGACCUGGCCAGUAGCAAGGGCAAGCUGUCUGCAAUGCAGGCCACCAGCCACGCAGCCAGCAUCGCCAGGCAAGAGCUUGAGAGCGAGGCGCAGUCACUCCGAGCUGAGCUCGAAAGAGCUCUGUGCCGGGCUGCUGAAAGCCGGCUGGCUGACGAGCAGCGCGUGGAACGGAAACGGUCUAUGGCGCUAAAAAAGCGGUGCAAGUUCCUCGAGGCGCAGUUCAAGAUACAGGCAACGCCAUGUACCAACUUUGAACAGCUGCCGACGAAGACGCAAGACCUCAUCCUACAAUACCUCAGGCCCUCACAGUUGUUGGCGAUCCGCGGAGUGUCGCGUGGCUGGCGCCAGGCAGUGGGCGACAGCCUUGAGCGCCGCCACCACCUGCACCUUACGGAGGAUGACGUGCGGCACGCCAACAACGAGCGGCUGGAGCGUCUGCUACGCCGCAUGCCGUCCCUGCGGCGGCUCACAACCGACCAUGUCAUCUGGUCACCGCCGGCGCCGUUAUCCGUUGACGUCGUCUCCCGGCUCGAAGGACACCUGGAAAGGGUGGAUUUGUUCCACUUCGACGCGGCCCCACAGCCUCUGGAGGGGCUGUGGACCAGGUGUCCCCGGCUGGGGGACGUCACGCUGCCUCGCGGGUCUGCCGAGCGGUGCGCGGAGGUGCUGCUUCGCCGCCUGCCGUCCCUGCGGCGGCUGGACGUGGCGCGGAGUAACGUGCGGGGAGAGUGUUUAUCGCUGCUCCCCGAGUCAUUGGAGGCUCUCUCGGUGGCCGAGUGUGAACAUCUACAGCCGGCCUGCCUGCGUCAGCUGACCCGCUGUCCUCGGCUGCGGCGGCUGGACGUGUCACGUGUGGAGGGGCUGCAGGCGGCAGACCUGGCGGCGGUGCUGGCCGGCUGUCCACAGCUGGAGCGGCUGACGGCGAGGGGGCUGGAGCCGGCGCUGGAGCUCUGCCUGCCGCCGGCCGGCCUCCCCUCCCUCCGACACCUGGACGUGACGUGCUCCCGUGAAGUCACCGACUCCACGCUGAAGCGGCUGCCCGACCUGCUGCCAGGCCUGCACUCACUCAGCAUAUACGGGUGUCACGGGGUGACGGCUGUUGGGCUGGACAGCCUGCCGCGGCUCAGGCAGCUGUGUCAGCUGGACCUGACCUGUCUGUCAGCUGUGACGGACGCCACACUGGACCGGCUACACGGGCCGCGUCUGAGGAUGCUGGACCUGUCCGUGUGCCAGUCUUGUUCAACAGAUGGUGUCACACGGCUGGUGCUCGGCUGUCCGUCGCUGACGGUACUGGGGUGGUGGUGGUCUGACCUACGCCGGACCAGGUCCCUGGUAGACAGCCUGGUGCGCCAGCUGCCCCCGGACCGUGACGUCACACUCGAGGUCAACGCCGGGGAUCUGCAGCGUCUGCCGCCGCUGCCGCCCGGCCCGCUCAGCCUGAGGGAAUAUAAGCCAUGGUGGACUUCAUGAACAACGAACGAGGAUGGCGGCGGCGGCGGCGACUGCAGUGGUGCAUGUUGAAGUAUCGUUGCCGGGCCGCUGCAGUGGGGCAGCAAGCGGCAUCGAGUGCGGCGAGCAGCCGACCAAGCCGUGACGGCGGCCCGGCUGCCCGCCGCUGUCGCCUGCCGGCCGCCGGCCUGAUUCGGCUGACAACAGUGAAGCAGUCAGGUCUGGCGAGAACUCACGCGCAUCAAGUGCCACUGGUGCCGGUCGGGCCAGGACAGGUUGGUUCGGAAUGCGGUGUCGCUGGUGGAAGCGGCCUCGCUCUCGGCCAAGCCAUGCACCUCGUGCCGUAUGCUAACCGACUUUGUGCAGCUGAAGGACGGCGACGUCGUGACACGGCACGGCGCCAACAGUGAGGUGGACCAGACUCCAGCCGUGUCGAGUGUGCAGUAGCCGGUCGGUAGACGUGGUGCGGGCGCGGGAUGACCUGGACGAGCUGCGCCAGUACCUGACGGGCCCGGGCGCCACCGGUUGGUCGGCAUCGGCGACUGGCGCCGGGCUGUCAGCCGCAUCAGACCCGGUGGCGGUCGCGUCGGCGCCGGGCGAAUCCUUAGCUUCGACGGCCGGCUGGUGGGACAGUCGCCGGCUCCGCGCCGAGAUGGCCGAACAGAGCAGACGAGAGCCGGCACAGACCGCGGUGCCGCCGUCAGCCGCAGGACACAGCUCGUCCGUUGGACGGCGGCCACAGCGCAGAGGCGCGCAACGCUCGGCGUGAUAGACCACGAUGAGGAAGAGCAGGACGCGCCCCAGGACCAGACGUGCUCCUCUGGGGAGGGGGAGAGGAGGGGCUCCUUCUCGAUGAUGAGCAGCCUGCGAAUCUCCUGUCGUUGGCAUUGGCUGGUGUUCGCUGCGAGAAGUUAGGUGCUGCGGCAUCUCGGCCAGCCCCAGCUGCUGCAGCUGGGGCGUGGGCCCGUCCGGCACCGGGACCGACAUGAGCGCGUCCAGCGUAGCAGGAGUGGAUCGGACGAGGGCGGCGCCUGGUGCACAGCCGGCCCCCGCGCAGCCGACACCGGAGGCGCAGCAGCAGCCGCCGGCAACGGAGCCGCGCCACCACUGCCACCACAGUCAGACCUUGGAACUGGUGUGUGUCCGUGUCCCACGGCGGAAGCACGGCACGCCGCGGAACCUAGCGGACAUGAGGCGCGCCUCGGACAGGGCAACUGACCCCACUUAAAUAAAUAGGCAUUGUUUUGUACCCGCACUCCAUGUUUGGCUAAGCGUGAAAUCACCUACCUAAAAACCUCCAGGUAACCGGAAGACGGGACACGUGCGCCACUUCUCCAGAGUGAUCUUUGAACUGUCACCGUGGAGUUGUGUGUCGCACCGGUCCGGAAACGUUAGGUCAAAGUUGUAAUACCGUUGCAAUACGUAAUCCCCCGGGCCGGAUCCGAACCUGUCGACCACUGCUUCGGACCUGCACCCUCUGCCACUUACCACUGCGUCGGGCGCCCCGCGGGAGCUGGAGUCGCUGAGAGAUGGCUCCCUUCUGUCAGUGGGUUCGCCGCUAGUGAAGGUGAGACCCCGUGUGGAUGGGGACGGACCGCUGUUGGCCACAACGAGGACCGACGAGCCGCCUGUAGUGGUUGUGCCCGAGUGGAGUCACAUCACAGCGCUGGUGGUGGACGAGAGGCAUCGUCGAUGUUUCCACCAGGGCGUCCGCGUCACUCUUGCUCUUUUCUCUGCAGAGCAUUUCAUUCACAGGAGAACCAUGGACGGGGUCGUCGGCACAUGCGGUAGGUGUCGGUGCCACAACGGAUUCCCCAUCGGUAUGCGGAGAGCCUUCUGCCACCAUUCCAGGUCAGAGCCAUGUCGGCCAUUCUGGAUGUUGGUGAUCGACUAUUCCGUUCCCUUGUACGCUGAAGAAGACACAAGAUAUAGACACUGAUGAUCACGUGUGUGUUACGUUUCGUGUCAUUCACCUCGAGCGGGUGCGAAGCCAGAGUACUGAAAUGAUUCCGCCACGUUAGACAGGGCCUGCAGAAGCCGUGGACGUGUGUUGGGUUGCCUGAUCCGACACUGGCUGACUGAAUGCCUGCAGGUGCUGCGGUGCUGGAGCAGCCCCGGGGCCGACCCACCCGUCUGCCGGCAGUUGGCGAGGUCAUCCUGGUCCACGGCGGAGGCCCUCGCGGCUGGUGACCCUCGGCCAGGGUGGCUUCGCUCAUCAAAGGACCGGACGGCCGCUGCCGUGCCGCGGCAAUCCUGCUCCGCGGAAAUCUCACUCGCCGACCCACCGCCAAGCUGUACCGGCUGGAGGCAUCGCCAGACACCACCUGUGACCGUGACGCGGACCUGAGCCGGUCGUCGUGUGGCACGCCUGCGGCGGUGUUUAGCGCGGCUCGGCACCGAACGAGCGAGGUGAUGCGCGAGCAGUGGUGCCGCCCACGGGCGGGCGUGCGCGUACCGUGACGCCGUUGGACGGUCGACGCGAAAUGGUGGCGUCGACCCAGCUGCUGAGUCCAGGUGUCGUGACUGUGUCUUGGGUGCAAAAUAAAAGUAGCUAUUGUGCUCCA